UGUCAGUAUAAAUUUGAUGCUUGUAACAUGCCUUUCUCUCCGAAAAAUCGUCAAUUACAUACGUAUGAAUGUAUUAUCAAGUCAUUACUUUACCGUGAUGUGACUAACAGUGGUCCAAUUGAAUGGGAAACGGCAAUGAGGGUCAGCUGAUUGUCGGAAAAUAUAUAAUUCAUCAAUAGCCAGAUAUCACAGGAAUAUCAAAAAUCAUCGUCCUAGGCCGCAGCAAUGGCAUCCAGGCUCGACCGACUGUUUAUAUUAUUGGAAACUGGCACGAAUCCGGUAACAAAGCGAGCAGCUGCACAGCAGUUAGGAGAGGCCCAACGCCUCCACCCACACGAGCUGCACCAUCUACUGGGUAGAGUGUCAGGAUUGUUGAAAUCAGCGCAGUGGGACACGAGGGUAUCAGCUGCGCAGGCAAUUCAGGCGAUUCUGGCGCAGGUGCCGGUGUGGGAGCCAGAGCCAGUUGAUAAAAAAGUAGAGUCGACGAAUGGAGGAAAUUCAGGGGUCGAGAGUUCCCGGGAGUGCCAGAAAAGUCGGCUGACACUCCAGGGUUUCGACAUGGGUCAGGUGCUAGCAAGGAGUUCUCACCUGACAGGCUCGGAAGGGAGUGAAUAUGACCUGGUGAUAGCAGAGAGCGAGCAAAAUCUUCAGGGCCAGGGGACACAGGUGUUGGCUGCAAAGCUGGGACUACAUCCCAGACUUAUGGGGGUCGAUCCCUCGGAGCUCUUCGGACCUGAGGACCUGACGAUUCACCCCCAGCCACCCCAGACCUCGAAGAUCUCAAUUGACGAGACUCUGAGUGAACCUGGUGGUCUCAGCAGACGGGAGAUGAACAGGGCGCGACGUAAGGCCAGACAGUCCAUGUCUAAGCAACGGUCGAGGGAGCCUGACGAGGCAGAGGGUAAUGAUUGCAGAAAAAAGAUUAAGCUGGAGGAAGUGGGUAAUCCUCAGCCCCUGGAGGCUGGUGCUGCUGGUGAUACUGGAUUGAAGAAUCAAAUUGUUGAGGCAGCGUCUGCUGGUGCUGUACCUGAUGGUACUGGCUGCUGGCCUGAGACCGCGAUGGAUUGGCCUCUGGAGAUGUUCAGUGAGACUCUCUGUCAGGACCUCUUCUCCCAGAAAUGGGAGGUACGUCAUGGGGCAGCAACAGCCCUUCGAGAGCUCGUGAGGAUCCAUGGAAAGGGGGCUGGAAAGUCCAGAGACCAAACAAAAGAGGAGAUGGAGGAAAGCCACCAGAGGUGGGUGGUGGACGCAGCCCUGAGACUCCUCUGCGUCCUGGGACUCGACAGAUUCGGUGAUUUCGUGUCCGAUCAGGUGGUGGCACCUGUUCGUGAGACUUGUGCCCAGGCUCUGGGCUCCCUUGUACGCCUCAUGCCACCCUGCGAGGAGUCUGGAGUCCUGGGGAUCCUCAAGGUUAUGUUGAAGCUGUUGAAACACGACGAGUGGGAGGCACGUCACGGCUCCCUUCUGGCCCUCAAAUAUCUUCUCGCUGUGAGGGAUGAUCUCCUGGAGCAACUGCUACCACAGGCCUUUCCAGCAGCAAUGAGAGGCCUCGCAGACCCAGUGGACGACGUUGGAGCUGCAGCUGCCAGCGCUCUUAUUCCUGUAGCCUCGUCCCUUCCAAAACUCCUAAAACCUGAAGAGCUUCAGGCAGUUGUGGCACGUCUCUGGGAGCUCUUACGAGAACAGGAUGAUCUGGCAGCUGCCUGCAACAGCUUCAUGGGCCUGCUUGCAGCAAUUCUCUCUCUUCCAGCUGCUCGUGCUUGUCUCUCCCCGCAGCCCCUCUCCCAGGCACUCCCCAGACUGUGGCCCUUCCUCAGUCACUCCAGCUCCAGCGUGAGAAAGGCCACACUCCAGACACUUCAAACCCUUACCGGAGAGGACGCAGAUCCUCCAGAGAACAGGAAAGAACGCUGGGGAGAGGAGGGAGGAAUUGUCCUCCAGGAGGCAUUGCGUCACGUGUUCCAGAGGGUUUUGAUAGAACAUGUUUCAGCGAUUCAGGAGGUGGCUGAGGGUGUCUGGGAGAAUCUUGUCACCAGAAGUGACCUUGAGCUCCUUCUGCAUGCAGCUUGUCCCUUGGUGAGCACCUGGCUCUGCUUAGCAAUGCAGCCAGAUCAUGCUCCCUUCAACCCGAGUCUCCUCCAUCCCCUCAUCACCACACCUUCGAGACCUCUCAAGUUGAUCAAUGGCGAUGGACAGUCUGACUCGAGUAGUUCGUCUCUGAGUGUCAGUGGUAAAUCCUCAUCGGAAUUGAAAGUUUAUAUCGGAGGAAUUGAGACAGUUCCCCAGAUCAUUAGAGUCUCAAACACUGUAAGGGCGAGAAUUAUGGCAUCCAGGAUGCUGGGACUUCUCUCAAUGUACGUUGUGAAGCCAGCACCUGGGGUAAUAUACACCCCAGAUAUACCCAGUCCAGGGCUUUGCUAUGCCCGAGUUCUUCUGGCACAUCUUGCCUCGAGAUCUGCUCUUCAAAGAACUGUCGUGGGUUUGACAAUCGCGCACUGGGCCUCCCUGGAACAUCCUCAUCCCCCUGAGAUCCCUGAUAUCCUCAGGGAGAAACUCCUAGGUUGUUUGAACGAGUGUGUGUACUACGACGAGAUCGCUGGAGCAUUCACCAGACUUCUGCACGAGAGCAAGGAUUACGUAGCGACUCUGAAGCACUACAAACUCUCAAUCCCAGGGGAUGUUGACUCUGGGGCUAAUGUCCUCACUCUCGACCAGAUUGCUACCCUAGCAGGAAAACCUGUGGCAAGUAUCCAGGUGAUUUCAGCCUCUGGUAAUUCAGCACCCAAUAAAUUAAAACCCAAACUUGUGACUGAACUGGAGGAGAGGAGGAGAGCUCUGGAGAUUGGGGCGAGUAGUACAGCCGCGCAGCAGCAGAAUCUCAAUACAAUGUCAAUGGCUGCUCUCUCAGGUGCAGCAACUAUGCUGCAUUGUCUUCCUGAGCCGCCCAGGCCCCUCAAUCCCCUGGUAAAACCACUGAUGGAGGCUGUGAAACGAGAAGAGGACGAGGACCUCCAAAAACUCGCUGCCAAACAUCUGGCCCAUCUCGUUGACCUCUGCGUCGACAGAGUGCCAUCCCCCAACGCCAAGAUCACCACAAAUCUCUGCACAUUUUUGUGUUCAGACACCGAGUUCACACCCAGAGUCAGUGAGGGGGAGACUGAGCCCUUCGAUGGCAUUUUAACCCUCAAUAACAGACAGAGACAAGCAGAGAGGGUCACCUACACGAGAGGGACUGGAGUCGGAGGGACUGGAGGUGGCAGAGGUCCUGGGAGGCCCCCAGCCACUGAUAUUCCCCUGGAGGAGCUCUUGGCUUUUGAGGAACCUGAAGCCAAGGCCUCCAGAACCAGACGCAGAGGUGCAACUCUUGCUUUAACAGCCAUUGCAUCACUCAUUGGCCCAUCUCUACCUUCUAGAUUACCGCAUCUCUGGGAUAUCAUGGUUUCAAAAAAUCAGGGCACAACAGACCCCUCCAAACCUCUUUCUGAAGAAGUCCAAAAGGAUCACGUUAACAACUUGAUAUUCGGCCUUCAGGUGAUGGAGAUUGUGUCACCGAGUCUCGACAAAUCCCUUCUACCCCCAGUGCUGAAUUGUCUCCCACGUCUCUGUAGUCUUCUAGAGCACGAGUACAAGGGUGUCCGGCACAUGGCAGCGAGGUGUAUCGCAAUCCUGGCUGUCCUCGAUACCGAGAAAACGAUGAAUUUUGUGGUGAAGCUGGUGGUACCUCUCUUGGAAACUCAUUCAAGUGAAUCCAAUUCACAUAUUCUGGCAGCCCCGACAUCUGUCGAUGUUCGAAGACAAGGGGCUACUGAGGCCCUCACCUGUAUUGUCGACAGUCUAGGGGUCAAUGUGGUACCCUACGCUGUCCUUUUUAUGGUGCCCCUUUUAGGUAGAAUGUCAGAUCAAAAUUAUGCUGUGAGAUUGGCGUGCAACGCCACAUUUGCAACUCUCGUUCAGCUGCUGCCCUUAGAUCCUGGGGCAAUCUCUGAUCCCCCGAAUUUCAUCGAGGAGAAGGCGCAGGAGAGAAAAUUUCUGGAGCAGCUGUUAAACCCUCGAAGCAUCCCGGAUACUCAGCUGACAGUCCCAGUGGCAGCGGAGUUAAGGUCUUACCAACAGCAGGGGCUGAACUGGCUCGACUUUCUCAAUAGGUACAAACUCCAUGGAGUUCUCUGUGAUGAUAUGGGCUUAGGAAAAACCCUCCAGACCCUCUGCAUCCUCGCUCUAGAUCACAACAGGAAUCCCCAGGCACCUCCCAGCCUCGUAGUGUGCCCGCCCACCCUGACAGGCCACUGGGUCUACGAAGCUGAGAAAUUUCUCCAGGUGAAAGAUUUAUCAGUAAUUCAAUACGGCAGAUCACCGCCCGAUCGAGAGAAACUCCGACCCCGACUCUUCAAUUAUCGACUCGUUGUUGCCAGUUAUGAUAUUGUCAGGAAGGACAUCGAGUUUUUCGAGAAUAUCCAGUGGAAUUAUUGUGUCCUCGACGAGGGUCACAUCAUCAAAAAUGGAAAGACCAAGAGUGCUAAAGCUGCGAAAAAACUUCACGCUUAUCAUCGGUUGAUUCUCUCAGGAACACCAGUGCAGAAUGACGUCCUGGAGCUGUGGUCUCUCUUCGAUUUCCUCAUGCCAGGAUUCUUGGGGACUGAGAAGCAAUUUGCUGCGAGGUAUUCGCGACCAAUUGUAGCCUGUCGAGAGCCCAAAGCUGGGAUCAAGGAGCAGGAGGCAGGGGCACUGGCUAUGGAAGCACUACAUCGACAGGUUUUGCCUUUUCUUCUGAGGAGAAACAAGGAGGAUGUUCUGAAGGAUCUGCCACCGAAAAUUACGCAGGAUUAUUACUGCGAUCUGUCACCCCUUCAGAGAAGUCUGUACGAGGACUUCAGAAUGAGGCACUCAGCGAGUUUAAUUCCAGGAUCAGCUGGUGGGACAGCUGGUGGAACAGCUGGUGGGGCUAAUCCCCCCAGGGGGCACGUCUUCGAAGCCCUUAGGUACCUCAGAAAUGUCUGCAAUCAUCCUAAGCUUGUGUUGGGGCCCAGGCAUCCACUUUAUCAGACGAUUUGCGGGCAGAUGAAGCAGCAGGGGACUAGUCUGGGGGAGAUAGAGCACGGGGCGAAACUCCCAGCAUUGAAACAGCUCCUUCUGGACUGUGGAAUUGGGCAGAAUCAGGUGCAAAAGACACAGCCUGUGAGUGAGGGACAGCAGCAGCUCGUCAGUCAGCACAGGGCUCUCAUAUUUUGUCAGCUCAAGGCAAUGCUGGAUAUCGUGGAGAAGGAUUUACUCGCUGUUCAUCUGCCCUCUGUAACGUACCUCAGGCUCGACGGAGGCGUUCCUGCUACCCAGAGGCAUGCGGUUGUUGCAAGAUUCAAUGCUGAUCCUUCUAUCGAUGUUUUACUCCUGACGACACAAGUUGGCGGCCUUGGGCUCAAUCUCACUGGGGCAGAUACUGUCAUCUUCGUAGAACACGACUGGAACCCCAUGAAGGAUCUCCAGGCGAUGGACAGGGCUCACAGGAUUGGUCAGAAAAAAGUUGUCAAUGUUUACAGGCUCAUCACCAGGGCCACUGUCGAGGAGAAGAUCAUGGGACUGCAGAAGUUUAAACUCCACACUGCUAAUACUGUUAUUUCUAUAGAGAACGCAGCACUCGAGACUAUGGGAACUGAACAAUUACUGGAUUUAUUCUCAUUGGAUAAUGGAAGGGAGAGGAGAACCGACGAACUUGGUAUUCCUCGAUCAGUCAGCAAUGUACCUGGACUGAGUAAAACAGUGUUGGAAAUACUGCCUGAACUCUGGGAACAGCAGCAGUACGACGAUGAGUACGAUCUCGACUCAUUUCUCUCGACUCUCAAGAGCACCAGCAGUUAAUAACUAAAAUUUAAAUUGAAAAAUUUUACAACGACGUCAAGUAAGAAUUGGAAGACUCUCACGUAUGAGACAGCCUCAAAACUGUCAAUUAAGAAAUAUUAUCUAUGUCAAAUGUAUGAUAACGUCAAGAAUCAAUUCGAGCACCGAUGAGUGAUUUUUUUUUGUUUCUUUAUUUAUAAUAACUUAUAAAAAAAAAAACAAGGACAUCAUCAAUACAUUUCCGUAUUUGUACCUGAACGGAGUUUUCGAUUUUUUUUUUUUUAACAUAUUCCUCGGAAAUUCUACACUGAGUUUUCUCAGUGAAGAAAUCCAAUUCCCAUAUCUAAAAAAUUGAAACCUCCUGGUAACUGUCACCGUAGUAAAGUUUAACAGAUUUUUUAUCAACACCAGGAAGUCUUCGAUGGUGAAUUAUUUAAUUUAUCUUUCAAAUUCCUGAGCCAAUAAUUAAUUCCACUUUUUUUUUUAUGUAAAAAAUUAAUUUAUGUCUCGUGGAUAGCGGGAGAUUACUUUAGAAGAGAACCGAGUUUUUAAUAAUUUUUUGUGGACUCGCGUCAUUUUUAAGAGUUAAUUCAAAUACAGAAGAAUUCGAAAUUUUGAAUACCAAUACAAUUGAUUAAUUAUUUAAUCAAUACAUUAAAAAUUCAAAUCAUCCGAUAAACUAAAUAAAUAAAUACAUCUUCGUCGGAGUUUAUUUUUGUGGUUGGAUUUUAAAAAUUCAAUCGAGUUAAAAAACUCUAUAGAACGAAAAAAAAAAAAAA